AUGCCGUCUCCAGAGGCUGAACUUGUCCCCGCCUCAGAAGAUGAUGACGAUGUUCAAUACGACGCCGACUCAACACUGGAAACAGAUGCUAAUAGCUCAACUGCCUCGGUUUCGUCGAGCAUCCUUCAUUAUAGAAGUGUUCAGGGCCGCACCUUUCAUAGCGACAAGUUCGUCACUGAAUACUCUUUUCCUAAUGAUGAACAGCAAUUAGAGUCUGUCGACAUCAGCCAUCACUAUUUAACGGUUCUACUCGACGGUCAGCUAUAUCUUGCUCCGAUCGGACAUAACGUCCAGAAAGCGCUAGACAUUGGGACAGGAAGUGGAAUUUGGGCGAUAGACUUUGCCGAUCAGUUCCCGCAAGCAGAAGUGACAGCAACUGAUCUCUCACCCACACAGCCCAAAUGGAUUCCCCCAAACGUGCGAUUCGAGAUUGACGAUGCCACCGAAACGUGGACCUGGAAAGAUAAUACAUUUGAUUUCGUCCACAUGCGAUAUCUCUUUGGAGCUAUCCAAGAUUGGACUGCUUUAUACCAGCAAGCCUACCGUGUCUGUAAGCCUGGCGGCUGGGUUGAGUCUGUCGAAGCCGACAUUCAUUUUCGCAGCGACGAUGGCACUGCUGAAGAGGAAGAGGUCUACAAGUUAUGCAACAAGCUGUAUGAAGAGGGUGGUAAAGCGAUUGGUAGAACCUUUUUUGUGCAUGAGUUGCAGCCAAAGGGGAUGGAAGAGGCAGGAUUUAUAGACAUCAAAACGGUGGACUAUAAGAUUCCAAUAGGGGGUUGGGCCAAGGACCCAAAGUUGGCUGAAGUUGGCCAAUAUGUCAAGCUGACGUUGGAGAAUGACAUGGAAGGAUACACUCUGCUGUUGUGGAAUGAUGUGCUGCAGUGGCCAAAGGAUGAGUACCAGGUGUUCCUGAUGAGGGCACGAAAGGCUCUCCGUAACCGCAGGAUUCAUGGUUAUUUCGUGGUGCGCUAUGUAUACGGCCGCAAGCCAGAAUAG